AUGGCUACCUCAACUCGUCAGUUUGGUCGUCGAGGUGCAAAUUAUGUUACGACAGCUACUGCUAAUAAUACUAAUAUAGGUGGUAUAGUGUCUACUUCAUCAACAGGUUCCAUAGGUGCACCACCUCGUCGCUAUGUUCUUGAUGUACCAACAAGUCGUACAAGUCGUACGGCAAGAACAACCUAUAGAAUGAAUGAUGACUAUGAUGAAACAAAUACAGGUAAUCGUUCAGCUGGUGGAUCAACAAGAUAUUCAACUGUUUUUACAACAAAUAUUAAUAAUGAAAAUGAUGAACGAUUAUCACGUUCAGGUUCUCGAGAAUAUUAUUAUCGAGAUGAAAGCAGUGACCCAUCAGCAACUACUGUAACACGUUAUUUAGAAGAUGCAUCUAUGAAACAUUUACUUGAAUCAGGUACAUCAUAUGCUAAUACAGUAGUUGAAGAUCAAGAAGUUCAAGCAUUAACAGCAAAAGCAACACCUGAUGUCAAAAAUUAUCCGAUCAAUGUUGAUUCUAAUCCUGAAUUAAUUGUUCGACCAAAUACACAACGAUUAACAUAUAAACAAGAUAUUGCUGUUCGAUAUUUAAGACCUAAUACACCACCACCUCCAGGACCUAUUGUUAUUCGUGAAAUUCGUGCACCACCACCACCACAUGCUCCACCUAUUAUUCUUCGUCAACGGCCUCCACCACCACGUACACCUUCACCGAUUAUUAUUCGUGAAAAACCACCUUCACGUCCAAAAUCAGUACCAACAACAGUUAUUAAAAAGGUUAUUCCACCACCACCACCUCCACCUCGUAAGUUAAUUAUUGAACGUCUACCUAAUCUUCCACCAAAACCACGUCCUGUCAUUAUUGAACGUUGGCUUCCAUAUCAUAAACAAAAACGUCAAGUUAUUCAUGAAAAAGCCAAACCAUUAGAACCAAUGACUCGUAUAAAAAAUACAAUUAUUGAAUGGCGUCCACCAGAAGUUGAAGUUGUUAAAUAUGUCAAAAAACUUGGAAUUCAAGAUGCUGAUCCACAACGAUAUUAUAGUCAACAUGGAGAUAAAUUAUAUACAACAGAAUUUGUUCAACAAAAAUUAACUGAAUUAGGUUUACAAGAAGAACUAACUUUAAUGCAACAACAACAAACAUCUGCUGUAAACGAAGAAGUUGCUCUAGAAAAAGCUGAUGAAUAUAAUGUUCGACAAAUUCUUAAUAGUUAUGAACCAUCAUCAUCUUCAAGACACACAUAUACGACAAAUACUGGUGGUAGUGGAGUGCGUCUUGUUCGUUCAUAUUCUCAUUCUGGUAUUACAGAUGACUAUGGUGAACAACAAAUAUUAUAUGAUCGUUCACCUAAUAAUUCAGCAACAGUUAUCUAUAAUGCAAAUAAUUAUAAUUUUGAUCAAAAUUCAUCAACUUCACCAGUUCUUACAGAAGAAAUGCUUUUACGAUCACAUGCAAGUAAUAAUGGUAAAUUUCCUACACAUCUUUUAACAAAACUUGGUUCACAAAUCUAUGAUAUGCCAUCUGAUCAAGUUGACUUGUCAAAUAAUGCUAGACAAACAACAGCAACAACAACACGUUAUUAUACAGUUAAUCAAGGAGAAACAGGUUAUGAAUCAACUGGUGAUACAGGAUCUGGUUAUACAGAAGAAAAAUACGUACAAAUAACAUCAUCUGAUUUAAAAAAUAUGUUACCUAAUUAUGAACUUUAUUCAAGUACAGGACAAAAAUUAGAAGGAGAACAACUUAAUUUUUAA